GUAAACCCCCACUGGCACUCAGGAGCGAGUCUCCGUCCCCUCUCUCUGCUCACCAAUAUACAGCCAAAUGGCUAUUGCAGCAUCAUUCCCUGCUAUUAUUUCCCUUGCAUUCUUUAUCCUAAACCUAUGCCUUAGAGGCACUUACGGCGACUAUGGAGGGUGGGAGACUGGUCAUGCCACUUUCUACGGAGGAGGCGACGCAUCAGGCACAAUGGGGGGGGCUUGUGGGUAUGGGAAUCUGUACAGCCAAGGGUACGGGACAAACACUGCAGCACUCAGCACAGCUCUAUUCAACAAUGGUUUAAGCUGCGGGUCAUGUUACGAGAUGCGAUGUAACGACGAUCCCAAAUGGUGCCUCCCAGGUACCAUCACUGUCACCGCCACUAACUUCUGCCCUCCUAACUCCGCAUUGUCCAACGACAACGGUGGCUGGUGCAACCCUCCUCUUCAGCACUUUGACUUGGCUGAGCCUGCUUUCUUGGAAAUUGCUCAAUACAGAGCCGGGAUUGUGCCCAUAUCCUUUAGAAGGGUGUCCUGUGUGAAGAAGGGAGGAGUGAGGUUUACCAUAAAUGGGCACUCAUACUUCAACUUGGUGUUGAUCACAAACGUGGGUGGCGCUGGAGACGUGCAUUCAGUGUCAAUAAAGGGGUCCAAGACAGGGUGGCAAGCCAUGUCACGGAACUGGGGCCAGAACUGGCAGAGCAAUACCUACCUAAAUGGGCAGAGUCUUUCAUUCCAACUAACCACCAGUGAUGGCAAGACCGUGACUAGCUACGGCGUCGUUCCGGCAGCUUGGCAGUUUGGACAGACAUUUGAGGGGGCUCAGUUCUAAGGUUUUUGUUCAAUAUAUAAAUAAAUAUAUAUAUUAUAUGUAGGGUCAAUGGGUGAUGUGCCAAAUAGUAUAGUAUAGUAGUCUAGUCGUGACGGUGAAGGUGUGCAAUAGGACACGAGACUUCAAGGUAAGAGUAGUGUAUGAGGGGCUCGGCCUACACAUUAUAUGGCCGUGUAUUUGCUGAGGUGGCUGAUCCGCACCCGCUAGGCCUUUCAUACAUGAAAUAAUACAGUGGGUUUUCAGUAUUUUUUAUUUUUAUUUUUUAUUUUUGCGUUUAGAUAGGACAGGUAUUCCAUUGGUUGGAUUUUUAUUUUAAGCAUGUAACUAUUCUCCCGCCCAACUUGGUAUCAAAAAACUUGUAAGGUGUUCGUUCA